AUGGCAGGUGCCUUAGUGCCAAGGAGGCAGCGGCCCCACACCGUGCUGGACGUGGGAAGCCCUGUGGACCAGCUCAGGGGCCCCCUCCUCCUGGGCAGCACCCCCUCCUAUGGGAAACUGCUCCCAUCCACGGAGACUCGUGGAGACUGUGCCCCACUGACCCCUCCCCGCCAGCUGCAGGGUCUGCCACGUGGACCCACGGGAACCUCCAUGGCCUUUGACACGGACACGACCGGGCAAAACAGCGACCGCAUCCUGCAGGUCAUCAGGAACAGGCUUGCAGGUGGUACGGGGCACGGCAAGGGUCUGGUCCUUAACGGGCUGCUCAGUCCUCCCGGCGGCGCGGGAAGAGGGCUGGCUUCCUGGAGGACGUGCGACCCAGGCGUCACGCAGGCCGGGCCUUGCCUGUCCCUCACCGGAGCCACCCACAGAAGCUACCCACGCCUGCCUCCCCCCGCUGCCCCUGCGGGAAACGCGGGCUCCGGGGAAGCGUCUGCUCCGUCCAGGAUGGACGAGGACCCGCCCUGCAGGAGCCUGGGUGCUCGCCCGGGGCCGCGUGCCUCCCUCCAGCCCUCCCAGCGCAGUCGCUGGGCAGGGGCAAACGCUAGUCACUGCGGCCUCUGUUCUGGGAACGGGCCUCACUUCGCGGUGAAAUCCCUCAGCCCCCUGCUCCACGCGGCCGGUGUCCACACCCGCCUGUCGUGGGCGGAUGCCGUGACGGGGUUACACCUGAAGUCCCACACGUCGCCUCACGUGAACCUGCCCCUCGGCCCCAGCAGUGCGUCCUGGGAGAUGUCAGAGACGACGGCGGGGGGACCAGCGGGUGGCGGGGGCGGCGGCCCUGCCCCGCCUCCUUCUCUGUGCACCAGCCCCGGGUCGCAGAGCGCCUCCGGUGAUCUCCCCACCACGCUCCACGCGGGACUCAGUGCCCCCCACCCUCGUGUGUCCAGUUUCCUGGAGAAAAGAUGCCUCCGGAGGGGGACCCGCUUCUCAGGACAGAGGCUGCGACAUGGGGACGCCGCACGAGGCGCGUCGGGGGACGUGGGCAGCAGCACAGACGUCCCCUCAGAGCACCUGCCCCCGUCGCCCCCGCCGCACCAACACUGCCAUCCUGAGGGACCCGCCGUGAAGGGCGCCCCCCGUCCGCGUGUCCGAGGGACGCGGCGGGUCUGCCCCCCACCCCCCGACCUCGCCGUUAAGGGCGCGUGCGCCGCUCUCAAACAACGGAAAAGACGAAGCAGCGCUGCGCUGAGCCGCACGGCUGCGGGACGGAGCGCCCGGCGCCGCUCGCUCGGGGCGGCCCGCGUCCUGCGCGGCCCACGCGUGAAGGGCCUCGGCCACGGCCACGGCCACGGCCGGGGCUGCUCCCUGCGGAGAUCGCGCCGUGGGCGCCCGCACGGGCUCGUCCCACCCGCACCGCGGCCCCUGCGCCGGGCGGCUGAGGAACUCGCGGCCGAGGAGGCAGGGCAGCCCGGGGCGGCCGCGCGGGCCCAGGCCAGGCUGCAGGCGCGCAGCGUCGCAAAGGGUCCGGCCGAGGCCACGGGGCCGGGCGACCUCAGCGCCCCCAGGGCCCCGCGUCUGGGAGCCGCCGCCAAGGCCGCGGUCCUCGUGCCUGGAGUGUUUCCCACACUCGCCAUCGGAUCCCAUCUCAAGGAGCUGUCCCUCCUCCCCGCGGCGCCAUCCCAGCAGCAGCCUGUCUUCCAGUCUGCGGUGAUCCGUUUUAUUCUAACUUACCCGCGAGGAGGGAACCAGGUAAAGCGCGUCACUGAGCAGCCUGGUGUGAGGGGCUGGGUGUCCCCAGCUGAGCUGCAGUCCGGGUUCUCACCCACCUGCCCCGUCGCCCUUCAGGGCUGUGUUCCCUACUCUGUCACCAGAGCCCCGAGACCAGAGCCACAGACGGGGCUGCAGAAGCAUCAGAGGUCAGACCUGGGAGACCUGGGCAGGAGGAGUGAACGCGACGAGAGACGCGGGGGCUUCGGGGCACGGGCGGUGAGCACACGGGUCACCUGGGGUCUGACCCGGGGCCCGGCUGGGCUGGGUUCUGGAAGCUUCGGGCGCCCGGGAGCCGCUGCCCUGGGGACCACCCCGGGUCAGGCAUCCGCACGCAGGGCGUCGGCCUCCCCCGACCUCUCGGGGAAGCCCUCCACGCUGGGGGCGUGUGCCCUCGGAGGAGCAACGCCCGCGGGCGAGGCUGGAGGCCGGCAGCGACCCGGCGGUGCCGUCGGGGGCCUGGUCCGAGGCGCAGCGCGAGGCGCCCGGGGGCUCCUGGAGGCGGCGGCGGCGGCGACGGGGGGGGGGGGGGGGCUCCCAGGGGCCGCAGGCGCGGAGGCAAGGGAGGCCCGCGGCUCGGCCCGGGAGGAGACCCACGUGCGGCUGGAGGGGCGGCGGGCGAGGCCGGCUGGCGGCCGGCCUUCCUCCGCCGCGCGUCCGCGCUCUCACGGCGCUGCGCCUGCGCCCGUGACCGUCCCCGCUCCCCCGCGGGGUCAGGCCAGGGCCCUCCCCGGAGGCGACCGGCCGGGAGAGGCGGGGACCACGCGGCAGAGCAGCGGAGGCCGCAGGACCUGCGGCGUCGAAGGCGGCUGCAGGGACCCGGGGGCCGCCUCCGCCGCCGAGGAGAACGUGCCCCCCGGGCGGGCGCGAGGAGACGCUCUCCGCGCCGCGGCCGCGACCCCACGGGGCUCAGCAGCGAGCGCCACGCCGCCCGCGUGCUUCCGCGACCCGCCCGCCCCGUCGGGCUGCAACGCGGGCCCGGCGCCUCGCGGGGAGGGCGGCGGGGAGAGGAGGGGCCCGGCCUGGCCCUGCGGGCGCGCGGCGGGCCCGGCGGAGAGAGGCCCGGCGGCGCCACCUGCUGCCGGAGCCCCGGGCGAGCCAGGCGCGGCCUCCGCGGGCGGCGAGAGGGCUGCGGGGGGGCGGGGCCCCUCCCGGCGCGCGAACCCCGCUUGCACCGAGAACCCUCCCUCGCGGGGGCCUCCUGUCCGAGGAGGCGCGGGCAGGACCGGGCCCCGCAGGGAGCGGCCCCCUCGGGAGAGCCCCCCGCAGGCCUCCGAGCCCUCUGUGGGGCCGGGCGCCCUCCGGCGGAGCCACGCCCGCGGCCCGCGGCCCGCGGCCCGCCCUCCCCUCGCGCGCGCGUGA